AAGAGGAGAGUGGAUGGGUGACAAGAAUCCUUGGCUAUAAAAUCCAUUACCAUUCUGAAAUUAGUUGUGCCAACCGAAAAAGAUUCUCCUGUAUAAUUUUUUUCCCCGUAAAAUGAGUACUCUCUCAAACAAGUUCCAACUUACUUGCCUGGCCUCACUCAUUUUUUCCAGUUGGGCCAUUCAUGCUCUGUGCCACCCUCUCAAUGAGGAAUUUAUCCAACAAAGGCAUGAGGAAUGGAUGGCUCAACACGGACGCUUCUAUAAAGAUGCACAAGAAAAGAAGCGACGCUAUAAUAUAUUUAAGAACAACUUAGAAUACAUUGAAAAUUUUAACAAUGGUGUGGACGGCGGAUACAAGCUAGCUAUAAACAAGUUUGCAGACCUUACAAACCAAGAAUUUCGUAGCUUGUAUACCGGUUACAAGAGGAAAACCUCCAAAGCAGAAGCCUCAUCAAAAGACACGCCCUUUACAUAUGUAAAUUUAACAACUGUGCCAACUAGUUUAGACUGGAGAGAAAAGGGUGCUGUGAACCCUGUUAAGGACCAAGGUAGAUGUGGUUGCUGUUGGGCAUUUUCUGCUGUGGCAGCUGUGGAAGGAAUAACUCAAAUAACGACUGGUCAGUUAAUAUCUUUAUCUGAGCAGGAGCUCGUCGACUGCGAUACUAAAAAUCAAGGCUGUAAAGGGGGUCUCAUGGAUUAUGCCUUUGAGUUUAUUAUAGCCAAUGGUGGCCUAACAACUGAGGCUGAUUAUCCUUACGAGGCAAAGGAUGGCUAUUGCAAGACGACGAAGAUGGCAAAUCGAGCUGCCAAGAUUACUGGGUACAAAGAUGUGCCAGCUAACAACGAGCAGGCCUUGCUGCAAUCUGUGGCAAACCAGCCAGUGUCUGUUUCAAUUGAGGGGAGUAGCCAGGAUUUUAAGUUUUACUCAAGUGGAGUAUUUACUGGUAACUGUGGCACACGUUUAAACCAUGCCGUUACUGCCAUCGGGUAUGGCGCCACCAGUGGUGGCGCCAAGUACUGGCUGAUGAAGAAUUCUUGGGGCACUGAUUGGGGUGAAGGCGGGUUUAUGAGGAUUCAGAGAGAUGUUGGUGACAGAAGAGGCCUCUGUGGACUUGCAGAGAAAGCAUCAUAUCCAACAGCCUAAAAAAUAUGGUGGGUUUCUAAAUUUGUGAACUUAAAUAUUUAUGUAUGGUAGUGUGUCAGAUAAAACUCUAUGUAAUAUUAAGUUAAACCUUCUUUCUAUUGCCAAAGAAAGAAACAGAGAGAGAGAGUGAAUAAAAAAUGUGCUGUCUUUAUAUAUGUUUCUUCCUCUUCAACAGAGAGAGAGAUCACUGGCUCAUAGGCAUAAUUGAAGAAACAACACACAAAGUCUAAUUA